GAUGUAGUACAGAGUACAUGUAAUGAUUCUCCAUUUGACAGGAUGUAGUACAGAGUACAUGUAAUGAUUCUCCAUUUGACAGGAUGUAGUACAGAGUACAGGUAAUGAUUCUCCAUUUGACAGGAUGUAGUACAGAGUACAUGUAAUGAUUCUCCAUUUGACAGGAUGUAGUACAGAGUACAUGUAAUGAUUCUCCAUUUGACAGGAUGUAGUACAGAGUACAGGUAAUGAUUCUCCAUUUGACAGGAUGUAGUACAGAGUACAGGUAAUGAUUCUCCAUUUGACAGGAUGUAGUACAGAGUACAUGUAAUGAUUCUCCAUUUGACAGGAUGUAGUACAGAGUACAGGUAAUGAUUCUCCAUUUGACAGGAUGUAGUACAGAGUACAGGUAAUGAUUCUCCAUUUGACAGGAUGUAGUACAGAGUACAGGUGAUGAUUCUCCAUUUGACAGGAUGUAGUACAGAGUACAGGUAAUGAUUCUCCAUUUGACAGGAUGUAGUACAGAGUACAGGUAAUGAUUCUCCAUUUGACAGGAUGUAGUACAGAGUACAGGUGAUGAUUCUCCAUUUGACAGGAUGUGAUCUUUUAUUCCAGUCUUACGAACAGGGAUCACUUAUUGUUGUUGUAUCACUUGGGUUGUUGAAUUAAGAGUUAAUUUCAUUAUUUUUUAUGUUUGAUUAUAUUUUGAACAUGCUGUAGAUUUGAGGUCAACAACUUCUGCAACAUGGGUGGUGGAUAUCUCUUAAUUGAUGAUGUGAAGAGCACUGAGAAGAAGACAAACAGAAUCUUUGUCUUGAUGUUGAUUCUCUGUCUUCACUUUGGACUGGUGAAACAGAACAAGGUUUUCCCACUGGACAUGGCACCUGAUUCCGUUGAUGACAAAUACGAUGGCUGCAGAGACGAAGCCUUUAAGAGGGUGGAUGACUACUACCUCCCACAUGAGAACAACACCACCACUAACUUCAGAAGAGCCUGGGACAUAGCAGAGAAACAUGCAUCCAUUCCAACAGAUGGUCUGCAGAAAGUGCAUUCCGUCUCUAUGUAUUUGUACACAAAUAACAAACCCCAACCUCCUUCUGAAUCCUUCUACAUAGACUUCAACAAAGCAGUUAGACAAGGCAGGUAUGGGUAUGGAACAUCAUUCCAGUACCAUUCCCUGCACUUCUAUCUGACUGACGCCAUGCAGAUUCUCAAACAAAGUCAAACAACAUGUUGGACCACCUACCUUAGAACCAAUGUAACUUUUGAUCAGGAUGUUGUCAACAAAGAAAUGCGCUUUGGUUAUUUUGCCUCAAGUUCUUUACAUAAGACUUUAUACGAUUUCGGAGACACAUCCUGCUUUGAGAUCAACACAUGUUUUGGUGUUAACUUGACAUAUUACUCUGCAUAUGCAAACGAGGUGGAAGUUUUGAUUCCUCCCUAUGAGGUAUUCAAAGUGACCAACAUCCAGACAAAGUCAGCAGUCAGUAACCUGUGGUGUGAAGUCGUCUACACUCUAAAGAGCACUGGGAAAUGGAAGAGUGACCUGAAUUGUAAAGCAAUAGAUACAGGCUUCUGCUACAUGAAGCUACUAACUGUGUUCAUUGUCACAAUAGUGUUCAUAUAUUUACAACACUAAAAUAGUGAUUUUGUCAGACAGUAUAGGCAGCAGCUCUAUAGAGAUGAGAUGAUGACAUGGAAUGACAUACUGAAGUCAUAAAAUAAAACCAAUGUAACAGAAAUAUUUAAUUAAAGUAAUGUGAAUAAAUGUUGGUUAAAAAUUAUUAAGUGAUAACAAGUAAUGGUCAGUCACUACCAUCAUGGGACUUUUACUAAUAGUUUUAUUAUGUGUUACAUCAUUCAACCUACAUAACGUAUAGUGUAUUGUUUAAAAAAUAAUACAACUAUUUUUUAUUGUCAAACUGAAACCAAACCAACCUCAAAAAACACUAAUCGCUCAGCACUACCUCCUAUCAUGGAACCAAAGUGUAUUUUGAUCAGUACAAAAUAUGAGUUUCGGUAGCUUCACUUUGAGCACUAUAGGCAAGAAAAUAGGCAGAGAUUCAUUUGGAGCGACAUCCUGCUUUGAGAUCACCACAUGUUUUAGAGCUGACAUAUCACAUUACUCUGUAUUUACAGGAGAGAGAGAAGUCUUAAUUCCUCCCUAUGAGGUAUUCACAGUGACCAACAUCCAGAAGAAGUCACCAGAGAAUAAACUGUGGUGUGAAGUCAUCUACACAUUAGUGGCCACUGUAGUUUGGAAGAAUUGAACUGCAAAUUGGUGCCAAAAUAAAUCAGAAAAGAAGUUAUUUUUAUGUUUUACAAUCAACAAAACAGCUGCUACAGGCAACAUAAUGCUCUUUAAUUAUGUUCUGUAUAUUACUGAUCAUCCCAUCACCAAUGUACAACGGGAAGUCAUCUGAAACAAAGAUAUCUUUCUCAGCUCUCAGGUGUAAUGAUCCUGUUAAAUGGUUAAUCCCGCAUUACUUCCUCAGAUUAAUAAUACGAUUAUUUUUGUGCAAUAAAAAAUGUAAUGUGAUUUGUAAUUUGAUUAUAUUUUCAGCAUGUGCACUCCAGCUUUUUAUUUUAAAAAAUUACAAUUGAGCAUGAUUAAAUCCCAUGUCCUAUGUAUCCACUACCUGUACAUCAAUCAUAAAGAUAUGCAUUUCAUCUCA